AUGACGCAAAAAAUUCUUCCGGUUCUUAACAGGGCUGAGGAGGUUGCUACACUCAUUGAUGCUGUCAAGUCACUGAUAGUACCAUUCAUCAAAGCCGCCGAUGAAGCCGCCGUGUUGAAGGUCGAUGGCGGAGCCGCCUUGGCUGCCGCGGGCUCUGCGCGAAACUCGCUGGUGGAGCCACUUGAUCCCGACGACCUCGUAUCACACCUUGCGUUCUCACUUCCGGAGAAGGAGGGACACGGAAGGGAAGGUCUGCUCGACAUAAUUCAUCAGAUCCUGAGGUACAGCGUCAACACUUGGGAUCAGGGCUUCCUUGACAAGCUGUAUGCCAGCACCAAUGCCGUGGGUGUGGUCUCCGAACUGCUCCUGUCAGUUCUCAACACCAAUCUCCACGUAUUCCAAGUCUCACCUGCGCUUACCAUCAUCGAAAAAACCACGGCGCGUACCUUUGCCGCGCUCUUUGGGCUCACCGGACCCAACGCUGGCGGCAUCACAAUCUCUGGCGGGAGCGCCUCAAACAUGACCUCGAUCAUCAUUGCACGGAACACACUCUUCCCGGACAGCAAGGUUCAAGGCAACUGUAAGCACCGCUUCGUGCUGUUCACGAGCGCACACGGCCACUAUUCGGUCGAGAAGGCAGCCCAGGCGUGCGGUAUGGGGUCGUCAAAUGUCGCCGCCGUCGCCGUCGACAAGCAAGGGCGCAUGAUACCCUCGGCGUUGCGUGAGGAGAUCAUCAAGGCUAAGUCCGAGGGCAAAACCCCGCUGUACGUCAAUGCCACCGCCGGAACCACAGUCCUGGGGUCCUUUGACCCUUUCGAGGAGAUCUCGGCCACAUGCAAGGAGUUCGGCCUGUGGAUGCACGUCGACGGCAGCUGGGGCGGGUCCGUAGUCUUUUCAGCCCGGCAGAAGCUGGACAAACUCGCAGGCGUGCAUCUCGCCGACUCCAUCACCGUCAACCCGCACAAGAUGCUCAACGUGCCCGUCACCUGCUCGUUCCUCCUUGGGCCCGACAUGCGCGUGUUCCACCGGGCAAACACGCUCCCUGCGGGCUACCUCUUCCACAACGGCGGCUGCGGCGACGGCGAAGACCCGGACAAGCCGGCAGAGUUCUGGGACCUCGCCGACCUGACCUUGCAGUGCGGGCGCAGGGGCGACAGCCUCAAGCUGGCGCUGUCGUGGAUAUAUCACGGCGCCGCGGGGCUAGAGCGCCAGGUGGACGGGGCGUUCGAGGUGGCGAUGCACCUGGCCACACUGGUCGAGCGCCACCCGGACCUGGAGCUGCUUUCGGCCAACCCGCCGCCGUGCCUGCAGGUGUGCUUCUACUACACGCCGGGAGGGGUUUCCGCGGCCACGGUCGGCACGGCUGAGAACACGCGACGGACGAGGGCGAUGGCGAAGCUGUUGAUCAACAGAGGAUUCAUGGUUGACUACGCUCCCGGCGAGCACGGCAGUUUUUUUAGGGUCGUGGUCAACUGCCAGACGUUGAAGGGGACAGUAGAGGGGCUGGUCAGGAGCAUUGAGGCCGUUGGCCAGCAGGUGGUGGUCUAA